AAUUUGGUGCAAUGAACAUAUAUGCAUGAAAAAAAUAAUGGGUUCAAAGUCGAAAUGAAUCGGUGAAAAAAAAUUUUGUUCCCGAGGGGUCAUUUAUAUGACUAUUUUAUCAUGACAAAAGUUUUUUUCGACGUUGUUGCGAUGACAAAAUAAAUUAUUCAACGACGAAGUCGUUAACGGAAAAGUGCGUCAUUUUCUACGUAACUAAAAAUUUGUAGGAGCUUUUAUCAGGCUAAAAUGAAUGUAACUAAUCAACAAAGACCGAGUGGCGAAAGUUUCAAUCAAUUUAGAAAUGGCCCGAGCAUUGUGUCAGGGGGAGCAGGAACACCUUUUGAGGCUACAACUGGUCCACCACCUCCUUUACCUCCCAGAAUUUUACAACAUAAUCGAAAUUAUCCAUCUUAUAAUAUGGGCUAUGGAAACAUGUUCAAUAACUAUGGCUAUGGUAAUACAUGGAAUUACAGGAAUUCAGGAUUAGGGUCUUACAGCCCUUAUGGAUAUGGAGGUGGAUAUUCCCCAAUGUAUACAAGUGGAUUCAACGGUUCUGGAUACGGCAAUCAGCUGGGAGGUCCGAGUGGGGAUAUCGAAGACCGAUUUAUCCAAUUUGCAGAGGAGAGUAGCAGGUCAGCGUUUCAAUCCAUUGAAUCGGUGGUGCGAACAUUUUCAUCAAUUUCAAUGCUUCUAGAAUCAACACAUUUUGCAAUAUCAAAUUCGUUUCGAGCGAUUCUCAGCGUUGCAGAAAAUAUUGGAAGAACGAGAAAUAUGUUUUCGGAGGUGAUGAGCGCUUUUGCCUUUGUGCGAUUUUUCAAAUGGCUCUACAGAAAAGUUACGUACAUGAUCGGCUUGAACCCAGACGAUCCAAAUACGGAACAAGUAUGGAAAAAAACAGCAGCUGACUUUAUUAAUCGUGGGGAACCAAACACUUCUACGUGGCCAAUAGUUCUAUUUCUUAGCUUGCUCGUUGCUAUUCCCUAUCUUCUCACCAAAUUUAUGAACAAUAUACAAAAACCAACAACUGAUGGUGAAGACCCACGGCAGUGGUUCCGAUACAACGAGCCAGUGUACAGUGCAGUGGUGCUUUACGAUUUCGAUGCGGUGAAUCGUACCGAAAUGAGCAUCAGAAGUGGCCAAAAAGUUUGGCUUGCCCCACAAGCUUUGCAACCGAAAGAUUUACCAGGUUGGUCGAGAGCAAGUGAUAAUCGUGGUGGAGUUGGUCUCAUCCCAAGCAACUACAUUAAAAUAGUUGGACAAUUAGAAAAAAAAUCUGAGGAGAGCAUCGACGCACGAGCCCCGUCGUCGCCCUUAACAACACAUUCCAUUCUCGAGCCCUCGAUUUCAUCCUCUAAAGUGUCUGAACCCUCAGAAGCAUAUGAUCAAAAAAUAUUCGAUGAGAGUAAAGAAUCGUGAAUGUGAUCCUUAAUUGUAAAAAAUGUUCUAAACAUCCAACAAAUAUUGGAAGAUUCGGGGAUUUUAAUAUUAGCUAAAUACGUUGACUGUCACUUAAGAAAGUUUUACACUUUUGUAGCCGAACAUUGUAUUUCAUCAGAAGCUUUAAAGAAUCAGCAUAUUGUUUUUUUUUGGGAAAUUUGACGACAUCAAAGUCAGAAAAAAAAGAAUCCAGUAAAUUUCAUAGAUUACUCGAGGAUGUGUACCGUAAAGUCGCAAGGAUUUCUCUAGAUCUUUUUUUGAAAAUUUCUUAAGGAAAUCUAAAAAACAGCACAAUCAUUGUUAAUUUAGUUGUAUUGCAAAAUCGCAGUUUUUCCUUUUUUAUUCAAAUAAAUACUGUUAGCCAAGAGUUUGAGAGUACCAAUCGCAAUUUCAAGUAGCUACCGACAUUUCGAUUGUUCUGCUAAUAAAUUGGAUAUUCUCAUUUCUAAUUGUGUGAACGCGGUUCUGGAGGGGACCGUAACAGGAAAAUGUGUAGGUCCGAAAAAUUAACCUCCGGAAGACCAAUUUUUCAAUGUAAGCAUUUUUCUAUUCAAUAUUUAGAAGUGCAAGGGCGGGGGAGGAUGGGGGCAAUGAUCUAUACAAUAAGUUUGUUAGUGGUCGAGUCCGGUGAUCGGCUUUCGGAAAAAUCGAGGAUUUCAAUAGCAUCUCAAUGAAAAAAUACAGAAUGAUACCACAAUUUUGAUGGCGAAUAUAAGCGUAAAACGUCUCCAUUUCGGUGUUUUUCACAUUAAAAUCAACAGUAUGGUAAACGAUAUUAAAACCAGUAAAACGUAGAGAUAAAUAAAUAACAGAAUAAUUUUCCUCAAAAAGAAAACAACACAGUUGUACAAUAGAAAAACCCGGAGGUUCAAAAGAAAAUAAUGUUCAGGAAUUACGGCAACAGUGAUGACAUUUGGGUGCGAAAAAUGCCAAACGGAGAGUGUAAGAAUUUGAAGCAUCCGUUAUAUAAAUAAAAAUAAAACUCGAGGAAAAAGGAUUACUAUUUAAAUAUCCAUAGUUUACUUUAUAACAAUCCCGUUCCUCAGAUUUUUACUAAAUUCCAAAGUGAUUGAGUCUCUUUAAAAAAUGUAUUUUUACAGAGAUAUUAUAUUUUCCAGUGAUAUAAUUGAAAUAUAAUAAAUUUGAUACUCCAAUUUAUAAUUAACUCGAAGGCAAUAGACUAUGAAAAAAUUCCGAGAUUCAAAAAUUUCGAAAAUUUCAAAAAUCAAAAAAUGACCUCCCACGAUGGGUUUAAAACACGUUUCACGCGAUUCUGAGUCGAAUGAAACAAAGUUGUAAUCACCGAAAAAAAAAAAUUUUCGAAGACUAUGAAAAAAUGCCAAGGUUCGAGCGAUUAACUGAUAAUAAUUUUUCCUUGAUAUCGAUUUUCUAUCCCCCGAAGAAAUUUUCAUAGUGAGAAAUCUUCAUACUUUUUGACACUUGGGUCACAUGAAAUAAUGGAAGACAUAUUUGAAGUCCUGUUAAAAUUACUUUUAAAUCAAUGAACUUCAAAUAUGAAAAUACAUUGAAUGUGUCAUUAAUUACUUUUUUUUUAGUACGGUAGUAUUCAAACUUUUAUUGAAUUUCAACGUUUCAUAAAUGUACAUUGUACAAUUCGGUAUUACCCCGAGGCUUGCGUAUCUCCACUCUACACUGCUUCUCAAAUAUACAGACCGGCUAAUUCUCGACUGUACCCUGUGCUAAGUCUACGUAGCUCUACGUUUCCUGAACACCAUUUAAUAUUUUCUUUUCGUUAUUAUAUUUGUUAAUUACCUCCAAGACUUUUCGCUCCUUAAAGCAGUGGACCCAUGAGAUAACUUUACUCCUUAAAAAAUUCACACAUAAGCAUCAUUUCAAAUCUUUAUUUCGGUACAUCCCGCCACGAUAAUAUAUCAACAUGCAUGUAUAAAACCUUGGCGAAGAGUAAUAAACACCUUUAGAAAUUUC